AUGUCCAACAAUCGAAAGCAAGCGCACGACGUACCUUUAUCUACCAGCAACAUCAUCCGCUACCUUUUGAUCUUUGCUCUUCCACUUGUUCUUCUCAUCGCCUGGAACCAAUUCUUCGGUGCUGCCAAAGUGAAGAAAACAGCAGAAGCAAACAUGUCUUCAGCAAGAAUCGCCCCGCUCGUUUUCCCUGCGGCAUCCCGCCACACAGCUACAGUUAUCUUCGUUCACGGCCUCGGUGACACUGGCCAUGGCUGGGCAAGUGCUGUCGAGAACUGGCGUCGAAGACAGAGACUGGAUGAGGUCAAGUUCAUUCUGCCUCAUGCUCCUCAAAUCCCUAUCAGCGUGAACAUGGGAAUGAGAAUGCCUGGAUGGUUUGAUAUCAAACAACUUGGAGGAGAUGUCGACUCUCUCAUCCGCAACGAGGACGCUGAGGGCAUCAAGCGCAGCCAACAGUACUUCCACGAGCUCAUUCAAGAAGAGAUCAACUCUGGCAUCUCUCCUGAGCGCAUUGUUCUCGGUGGCUUCUCUCAGGGUGGUGCCAUGUCUCUCCUUGCUGGUCUUACUUGCACAAGCAAGCUGGGUGGUAUCAUUGGACUCUCCUCUUGGUUGCUCCUGUCCAAGACCUUUGCCGACAUGGUCAAGCCCACAGAUGCCAACCGCCAGACUCCUGUCAUGAUGUUCCACGGUGAAGAGGACCCUAUUGUCCCUUGCGAGCGUGGUAAGCUGAGCGCCGACCUUCUCAAGGGACUUGGCUACGACGUUUCAUGGAAGACCUACCCUGGUAUGGGACACUCUGCUGUUCUUGAGGAGCUUGAUGAGGUCGAGGCGUUCCUGAGAAAGCAACUACCCCCUCAAAACUAG